AUGACCGACUCCAGCAAGCUAGUUGACAUGGGCAAUUUAAUGCCAGAGGAUACUGGCACUGUUGAGAAGUACGGCCCCGAUAGCGUUACUUCUACGAAAGAGGCCGCAGACGACGACAGCAAGUUUCCCACCGGCCUGCCCUUAUGGUCCAUCCUAGGUCCUGUUACAAUCGCCUACUUUCUCGUCUUCCUUGACAUGUGUGUCGUGUCUACCGCAACUCCCGCCAUCACACAACGAUUCAACUCUCUGGUCGACGUUGGCUGGUAUGGUGGCGCAUACCAGCUCGGUAGCUCUGCCCUCCAGCCGCUCACUGGCAAGAUCUACAGCCACUUUAAUAUCAAGUGGUCCUUCCUCGUCUUCUUCUUUAUCUUCGAGCUCGGAUCCGUCAUCUGUGGAGCCGCCGUCUCGUCUUCUAUGUUCAUUGUUGGCAGAGCCAUUGCCGGUGCUGGCUCAUCAGGCAUCUCAAAUGGCGCCAUGACUAUCAUCUCGGUCAUACUGCCGCCCAGGAAGCAAGCCCAGUUUCUGGGUCUCAACAUGGGCAUCGGCCAGCUCGGUAUCGCCUUGGGUCCUAUUAUUGGUGGUGCAUUCACCCAAAAUGUUACAUGGCGUUGGUGCUUUUACAUCAACCUUCCUAUUGGCGGCGCUCUGGCUAUUCUGCUCUUCCUCUUCAAGGUCCCCGAGCCGACCACCAAGCUGCCUCCCAGACAAGUCCUCGGCACAGCCAUCAAAUCUCUGGAUCUUCCAGGAUUCAUGCUCAUUAGCCCCGCUGCCGUCAUGUUUUUGCUUGCAUUGCAAUACGGCGGCACGGUACACCCGUGGAAUAGCUCUAUUGUUAUCGGCCUUCUAGUUGGCGCCGCUGUCACAUUUAUUAUCUUCCUCGUCUGGGAAUAUUACCAGGGAGAUAAUGCCAUGGUACCAUUUGCCAUGAUCAAAAACCGUACUGUGUGGUCUGCUGCGGGUAACUUGUUUUUCCUUCUCGGGGCUAUUUUGGUGGCUGAGUACUACCUCGCCAUUUACUUCCAAACCGUGCUCAACAAUGGGCCUAUCAUGAGUGGUGUGCACAUGCUUCCAUCGACUUUAGGCUUGGUUAUAUUCACUAUGCUCGCGGGAAUGAUGAGUUCGUUCCGAGAUCUUGGGCUAUUACCUGCCCUGGAACCUGGGGGAAGCUCCAUGACCGCUAUUGGAUAUGGCCUCAUGUCCAUGAUUAAGCCCACGACUUCAUCCUCAAAAUGGAUUGGGUACCAGAUCCUCUAUGGUGUUGGCAGUGGUGCUAUGACAUCGGCGCCCUACGUAGCUAUCCAAAACCUUGUCCCCCCUCCGCAGAUCCCAAUUGCUAUGGCUAUCAUCAUCUUCUGGCAAAAUAUGGGCGGUGCCGUUUUCCUCAUUGCUGCCAAUUCCGUCUUCACCAAUGGGCUACGAAAAGAGCUUCAGAAGCACAUCAACGAGAUUGGCGUUAACCCGGACAUCCUCAUUAGCUCCGGACUCAGCUCAAUCCGAAGCCUUGUUUCGGGCGAUAAGCUCACAGCCGCGCUCGAGUGCUAUACCACGGCAAUUGACCAUGUCAUGUAUCUGGGUAUUGGACUCAGCGUGGCUACGUUUGUCUUUGGCUGGGGUCUAGGAUGGGUUGAUAUCCGGAAGGUGAAGAAGCUGCAAGCCAUUAAGGGAGAUUCGCCAACUGCACUGAAUACUAAGGAGGAUGUGGACUCUACCACUGAGAAUUCCACUACAGUUUAA